AUGGACGUGAUGCUCUUUCAUCCUGAAAUCGUCUUACAUUUGGAGGCCGAUCUCAACAAGCCUGCACAUAACCCAGAUAUUGUCCUCGCCCUCAUUGAACGGGGCGCGGAUAUCAACUAUAGCGGAAAACUAUUCGGAACAGCGCUGCAAGAAGCUUGUAGCAAAGGCCACCUGGACGUCGUCAAAAUCCUCAUCGAGAAUGGGGCUGACGUCAACAGCUCAGACGGACAUUUCGUAGCGCUUAGCAUAGCCUCAGAUCGAAACUACCCAGAUAUUGUCACCAUCCUCCUAGAAAAUGGCGCAGACGUCAACUAUCGGGACCUAAUGAACCUAAUGAACAGGACAGCGCUGGAACGAGCUUGUCGCAAAGGCCACCGGGAAGUCGUCAAAAUCCUCCUCGAGAACGAGGCCGUCGAUUCAAACACGAAGAUUACGGCUCGGCGCUCCACAUCACAGAGUGCAAUUCUUCUGCUAAAGCACCGUGCUGUCGCUGGCCUGCACUAUAAUCACCAAACCUACGGCACGCCACUGCAGACAGCAUCUAAGCGAGGUGCGAAGCUUGUUGUCGAAAUGCUUCUGGCGCUUGGAGCCGAUCCUAAUGUCAGAGGCGGAGAUGGUAGCUCGGCAAUCCAGGAGGCAUCACUCUAUGGCAACCAAGGUGUUGUCGAAUUGUUACUCAAGAACGGGGCUGAUGUCAAUUUCCAAGGCGAUGGGAAGACCACGGCGCUUCAGAUGGCUGCGCGACAAGGCUGGAGAGAGCUAGUUGCAUGGCUACUUGAUCACGGGGCCAAUGUCACCAUAAAAGGGGAGCUUUAUGGCACGGCACUCGAUGCGGCAACUGAACAAGGCCUCGCGGAGAUUGUAGAAAUGCUAGCCAAAAGAGGUGCCGAGUAA